AUGGCCAUCGGAGUUGCGACGGUAUUCGGAAGCCGUGAUGCAAACUGGAUAGGCGCAGCUCGCAGGCAAUUACAGGAAGACAUGUGGUAUAUGGUCGUCGAGCCUGUAAGAAAAGAAGACGGAGACUACUACGAAUAUUAUUGCGUGGUCCCGGACGCCCGCAUCAUUGCUUGGUUCGAGGAUUUCGACGCCAAUCUUCUAUUCCAAGAGUGCGCCUUUGUGAGAGAGUGGAACCACAAGCGGCUGGAGCUAGAGGCACAGUUUGGUGAGAACUCGAUGAUACUAAGGAAGCACAUUGAUUUCUUCCCAAGACAUUAUAGCAUGCAACCCUCUGACGCCACUGAGCUACGAGCUCACUUAGAAUGGUUUCUAGCAGAGGGUUUGACUCUCGAACAAUCAACUGCGGCUUCACUGUUCUGGAGCACCGAUCAAAUGGAGAAAGUGAUCGCUCGCCUUAAUCGCACAGAGAGCCUUCUCAACUCUAAUCGUUCCUUACAGGAACAAGGUGUCGCAUUUUGUGGUGCAUUCACGAAGAAUAUGGAAUAUUCUACGGAAGGCCACCACCAAUUUCUCAACUACUAUGGCUUGCCCGAAGCUCGUCUAAUGCGGUCCCACUCAAUCAAAGGAAGCGGCGAACUCAAACGAAAUGUCCGAUUUCUAUCUAUGCUGGCGACAGCUGCUAUGUUUGGCGUUCCAGUACUAGUAUUGGAACACGUCGAAAAACUUCAUGUCGACGGUAUAGUCAAUAUGCUUGAUAUCAGGACAUUCCUCGACCAUUUCAACAACGAUAAUAUCAAGCACAGCACCCUGGCGGGCAUUAUUAUGGCAGUCGAUGCUAGCAUACUCACCAUUCCGAACGUUGGUUCCCAAACGACAACAAGAGCCCUAUGCUCUCUCUCACUGAUCCUUAGUGUCCAUUGUAUUUUCGCCGGUGUUGUAGCACAGCAUUUUGGGCAAAGAAUGAAAUCUCUUGAAUUUGCCUCUCAGCACUUGCAUAAGCACCUUACGAAGGUUGCUAUCAUCUAUAGCGCUCCUAGCUUAUUGCGAACGACGAGGUAG